UCUACACACGAGACUUGCACAACACGAAACACGAUCAUGACGUCAAAGGAAACAGACAUGGUCCCAGGAGCAGACUCAGGAUUAAACCGCCGGGAAAGUCUCCUGAUGAACGUUCAGGAAAAAUUGAUCCUGCAAGAUGCCAAGUUGGAUGGCUUUGCCAAAAUGGAGCGGCGACUGAUUGAUCGACUGGACGAGGAGAAAGAAUAUUUGCGAGACAGACUGCAUGCGUCGAUGAUACUUAUUAUUGAGCGGCUAGAUAAACUUGAUCAACAUCAUCAGCGCUCAGACCAGCAAAGUGGAAACGUCAGAGAUGCCACGGCUCGUCACGUACAACAUAUUUCUACAGACCACCAGCUGAAAUCCGCAGAGACAGCGACGGUGUCUGAGGGCAUGAAUAAUAAUGUAGCAUUUGAAGGAAAACUGAUAGAAAUUCAGGAACAUUUGUCAAAGCAGAUGACUUCUGGUUUUGACAUGCUGCGAGAGGAAACGAUUCAAGAACUCGAGAAAGAGAAACAGCAAAUGCGGGAGGAGAAAAAUUUCAUGAUGACACAGCUGUCCAAGGCUAUGGGCGAUAUUCUGGGACGGCUCCCAGACAAACAAGCAAACGCAAAUCCUAUUUCAGUCAGCGACCCUUUCAGCUUUGACCUAGAAUCGACAGUGAAACCCGACUAUGAUGAGCUGAUGAAGGCAGUAGAGACGACACGAGAAGAGAUCAAAACCGAACUUGGUACGCUCCAAGGAACAGUUGUGAAGGAGCUGCACAGGAAUGUAAUGGAAGCAAGCUACGAUCUGAUAAACAUGAUCGAGAAAGAAGCUCAACUAACACGGGAGAGCUCACGCUGGACAGGUGUCGAGUACAGACCUAAGUACGAAUUCUACUUCAAUAUAAAACGGUUUAAACAGCGAGUCGGGUCAGGUACAGACGUUUUCAGCUGUCCCUGGUAUAUCGCUCAGUUUGAUUCCUGCCUCAAGGGAUCAGUGGAUUUCAAUGCAGAUGGGACGAUUGGCAUUUGGUUACUUUACGGCCGGUAUCCUAAGGUCGUGGGCUUGACGCCAAAAAAGAAGAAGCAAUUCAAGUACAAAAUCAUGCUGGUUGAUAUGGACGACGAGACGAAACAAAAAACUUUGAAAGACGACACUGACGUGAAUUUUGAUGAGACAAGUCAAAGUGCAGGCUAUGGGAGUCAGGGGUACGAGGUUGGGAACUAUUCUUGUGCAGAACUUCAGCAAGAAGGGUUUGUGGAAGGAGAUACGUUGGUGCUGAAGUACGAGAUCACUGCAGUGAAUAAAUAAUAUUUAAGUUCGAAAGUUGCAUUAUUUCGUCGGUGCGUUUGUUAUGUUAGAUUGUUGGUUCAUUUCUGUUUAAGUUCGAGGAAGGCUGGAUAAACCGAGCUGUAAACAGAAUGUUUGUUGACAUUUGGAACAGCACAGAAAACAAGCCCCACAUGUUUCUACCUGUAGCAAGAAGUUGUUCCUGGACUGAUUUUCCUUCCUUGUUAGUUUUGAACGAGCUACCAUUGUUUUAAGAUAAAUACGCGCAUGUGACUGAUCCUUCAGUGGCA